AUGCAUAGAGAAAAGCUAAAUUUUGAAUCACGUAGCAUCCGGUUUUCAUCUGCACAACAGAAGGAAAGUUUCAAACGAAACAGUGUGAAAGCACUAAAAAAUACCAAUCGUCGACCGGGAGGACUUGAAAUGAUUCUUGCAUCAAUUGAUGACUCAUUUAUUCUUCUAUCUGAUUUAAUUAGUACCACCGAAAUUAAUGAUGCAAAUUUACGAAUUGAUGAGAAGCAUGAUAACAUUGUUUCAUCUGAUUUUACUGAUAAUAGCAAAGAUUGUAUGAUAUGGAAGAAUGAUGGAAAAAUUGAUAAUUGUGAUAAUUUUACUGAUAAAACAUUGUCACAAAAAGUUUCUCAAGAAAUAGCAAAAAUUGAUUUAACAGAGGAAGAAAUUAUACAAUGGAUGGGUGGUUUACCAAUUAUUAAUCCAAAUAAAAUAUUUGCAUAUUUUUGUGAUGGAACAAAAAAAAUUUUAUCAAAUUAUGAACCAUAUCAAAUUUUCUCUUUUACAAAAAAUUGGCAAACUAAUGAUCAAAUUAUGAUCAAAAAUUUAAUCACUGAGGUUUGUUCAUUUCUUCAUAUUUCAUAG